AUGGAUCGAGAUACCUUUUGUCGGGACGGUGUUGUGACGGACGACGUUGCAGACGUCUCGUGGCGGCCUGGGCAACGCUCCGUCUCCACCACGACGGAGCUCGAUGCACAACCUGACGUCGACACCGCCAGCGACAGCCACGCGAAAGCCCUAACCCCUGCAGGCACCGAAGCCCGAAAGCGGUGCUCUCAGUGCGAAAACCAGCACGAGGCUGUCUACAAGUGCCCGGUAUGUCAGCGACGGUUGUGCUCUCUGGACUGCUAUCGUGGACAUAGGGAAGCUGGUUGUUCCGGCCGGCUCGAGACAACCCGAUACGCUUUUAUUCCGCGCACUGACUACGACCUGAAGCAACUUCUUCGUGACUAUGCGUUUUUGGAAGAUCUUGAACUACGUCAACAGAGUCAUAAGCGAUACGUCCAGCAAAUACUGUCUGGCGGCGGUUCGGUGCCGCGGUUACGCGGGCCCACCGCAGCGGAGGACCACGCACGGCGGAGGCGCUUGGCAGCCGUCCAACGUGCUGCAACGAAGCGCGGCAUCCGACUUCAACUUUUACCUGAAGUAUUUUCCAAGCACCGCCGGAAUACAUCGAUGUAUCGUUCAGCAGCGGAUUGCAUCGAAUGGCGAAUUGAGUGCUUCGUUUCGGUUGCAGCGCAAGCGCCGAACGAUAGUGUCCUCGCACUGGACCGCUGCCCAGAGCAUGUCACAAUGGCCGAGGCCCUCGAGCGCCUCCAGAUACGACGAUUCGUUGCAGACACUGAGCACUUUUCGGUAUAUCUGAAAUCCGACCGAGCGAACCAGCCUCGGGUCCCGAUCCCGAAAAUGGAGGAUGUCAGGAUCGCCGAUGUCGUUCGCGCUGCCGAGUGCCUCAUUGAAUUCCCGACCCUCGAGGUUGUUGCCGAUGAGCAGACCAACGGGCAGCACCCUGCCGAGCAGCCAGUUUCCAAUGUACAGUGA